AUGCGCCCUCAUCGCCGCUCCCGCCGUUGUCGUUUCACUCGCCUCCGCCAUCCAUCGUCCACAUCUCCUCGUCUCCCCCUUCCCUUCCCUUCCCUCGCACAGUCUGCCACCUCGUGCAUUACCCGCUCACUCGGGCAUUGCCGUUGCAUACACAACCCUCGGGUCCCCCUCUCCCCUCAUCUCCCCCCUCUCCCCUCGUCUCCCUUCACUCCCGCAUCGUGCCACGUGGCGUCCUCGCCCAUGGCGGCCCUCCGUGCCCUUCACGUGGACUCUCUGCGCGCCUCCACUGGGGCUGCAACGCCACCGCCACAUGAGUGGGCGCUGCGUCUCGCUGCGUCACAUGCCAGCAGCGCACGUGCAGGUGAUUCAUGCGGUUGCCCUUCUCUCACCCACCUCCUCUCUGCCGACUUGCUUUACAACGACCCCCCUCUCUCUCCAACCCAUUUCCUUUCCCUGUCGCCCCUCCUCGCUCUCUCUCCCACUCUUUCUUCUCAUCAACAGUACUUCCUCUCUCACCCACGUCUCCUCUAUCUCCCGCCCUCGUCCUCUUGCCUUUCUGCCGCCCAUGCCCCGUACCCACCACCCAUUUCAUCUGCUUGUUCCUCCUCUCCCUCUCGCAUGUGCGUGGGUGCAGUAGAGGGCGGCAGAAGCCAUCUCCCAUCCCACGGAUCGCCUUUCCUCCGUGCCGCCUGCUCGGAUCUGCUCGCACUGUUGCUUGAUGGGGAGGCAGCAGCCCCUGUUGCUCAGAUGCCACCGUCCCUCUCACUGUCCGUCCCCUUCCGAGCGCACCGCACAAUAUCAUGUAGUCUACCGUAUGUGCAGUGCAUCACUGCUGGGCAUUCCUGCGCCGUUGCUCUUCAAAACACGCCAUGGCUAGCGGCGUUGCUCUACAAAAUUAUGCAUCCGCACUGCACUUGA